AUGAAGUGGAGAUGGAUAAUAGGAUUAGCUUCUUCUUUUCUUCUUGUCUGUUUUAUGUAUAAUGAACUAUCUGCAGUUUCCGACAUUGGUGCAGGAUUAGCAGCUACAAUCCUGCUUAGAUUAACUUCUCAUCAGAAUCCCAGAUCAGAUCAAUUGCACAAGGACAGACUGCUUGGAGGAUUAUUAGAAGAAUUGGGAUCCAAUCAUGUUUCUUCUUGCAUUAGCAAACGCGAAUCUGUCCUCUAUCGCAAAACCUCGCCAUACAAACCGUCGUCUUAUCUUGUUUCCAGGCUGCGAAAAUACGAAUCCAUGCAUAGAAACUGCGGCCCUGGAACUAAACCCUUUGAAGAAUCAUUGAAGCUUUUGUCCCAGCUUAAUAUGAGCCAUGAUCAUGAUCAUGAUCAAUGCAAGUACCUCGUUUGGCUUCCUUCUAAUGGAUUAGGAAACCGACUCGUCAGCAUCGUCUCCACUUUCCUCUACGCCCUCCUCACCGAUCGAAUCUUGCUCAUCGACGAGUCCAAGAACAUCGAAGAUCUCCUUUGCGAGCCCUUCGAGAAUGCCACGUGGUUGCUCCCUCCUGAUUUCCCUCUGAAGAACAGCUUUCGAAAUUUCCGGCGCGGGUAUCCUCAUUCUUACGGGAACAGGAUCAUGAAGAACGCGACAAAUUCGAUAAUUCAUCUGCCUUUCAUGUACCUUCAUCUUCUCUUCGAUUACUCCGAACACGACAAGCUAUUCUACUGCGACGAAUACCAGAUCCCACUCCAAGAAAUCCCGUGGCUGGUUUUGAGAUCAGACGAGUAUUUCGCGCCGUCUCUGUUUUUAAUGCCUGGCUACGAUCAAGAACUCGAAAGGCUAUUCCCGAAGAAGGACACUGUUUUUCAUCACUUAGGAAGAUACCUUUUCCACCCUUCAAAUGAUGUAUGGGGACUAGUUAAAAGAUACUACAACACAUAUCUAGCGAAAGCAGAUGAAAGAAUUGGAAUCCAAAUAAGGGAUUUCAAGACCACUCCAAUGGCUUUCAAAUGGAUGAAGAAGCAAAUCUUCAGCUAUUACCUUCCACAUUUCACUAAGGAUGAAUCAACUACUAGUCAUAUUCGAGACAUUUGUAGCGUAGCCAGCUUGGAAAAACACAUGCUGGAUCGAGUCAUAUCUUGCACCUUCGAUCGUCAAAUUCUACCUAAACUACGUAAAACCAACAACGACACGAUUCCGAGUGGGAGAGGAAAACGAGGAUCGAUGGCCAUCUUGACAACUUCCUUGAGCUUGUCAUACUAUGACAACAUUAGAAACAUGUGUUGGGAACAUCAAACGGAAACAGGAGAGGUGAUUGGAGUUUACCAGCCUAGCCAUGAAGAUAGCCAGCAAAGUGAGGAGAUGACACACAACAUGAAGGCGUGGGCGGAGAUCUAUCUUCUAAGUUUGAUGGAUGUGUUGAUAACGAGUCCAUUUUCGACUUUCGGGUAUGUAGCUCAAGGGCUUGGAGGUAUGCAAUCAUGGAUUAUAAACAGUCCUUACAGAGAAAUCGAAAGCUCGGAGCCUUCAUGCAUUUUGGGUAAGUCCAUGGAGCCAUGUUUCCACUCCCCUCCUUAUUUUGAUUGCAAGGCUAAAACCGGAGCCAAUGCCGGGUUGAUUAGUCCGUAUGUGCAGCAUUGUGAGGAUUUGAAAUGGGGGAUUAAGUUGGUUGAUGAUCAUAUAUAA